CUCUCUUUCCCUUGCUCCGGACCCUCAGAUCCUGGCCUACCUGAGCUCGGCAGACCUGUGGGGGGCCCCUGGUGAGGAGAUGCUGGCAGAGCGGGGGGCUUGCCUGCUGCUGGCAGUGGCACUGCUGGGCCCAGGGCCCCGGGCCCAAGCCAUGGAAGGUGUCAAAUGUGGGGGUGUGCUCUCAGCACCUUCUGGAAACUUCUCCAGCCCCAACUUCCCUAGACUGUACCCCUACAACACAGAGUGCAGCUGGCUGAUCGUGGUGGCCGAGGGAUCCUCGGUGCUGCUCACCUUCCAUGCCUUUGACCUGGAGUACCACGACACCUGCAGCUUCGACUUCCUGGAGAUCUACAAUGGGGCCUCACCAGACAAGGGCAACCUGCUGGGGAGGUUCUGCGGCAAGGUGCCCCCACCGCCCUUCACCUCCUCCUGGCAUGUCAUGUCUGUCAUCUUCCACUCGGACAAGCACGUGGCCAGCCAUGGCUUUUCUGCGGGCUACCGGAAAGAUGUGUGUGGCGGCGUCCUGACCGGCCUGUCGGGGGUCCUCACCAGUCCUGAGUACCCCAACAACUACCCGAACAGCAUGGAGUGCCACUGGGUGAUCCGGGCCGCCGGCCCUGCCCACGUCAAGCUGGUGUUCGUGGACUUCCAGGUGGAGGGCAAUGAGGAGUGCACCUAUGACUACGUGGCUGUACUUGGGGGUCCUGGCCCCACCCGUGGGCACCACUACUGUGGCAGCACCAGGCCCCCCACCCUCCUGUCUCUGGGCCACGAACUGCAGGUGGUCUUCAAGUCCGACUUCAACAUCGGAGGCCGUGGCUUCAAGGCCUACUACUUCUCAGGAGAAUGCCAGGAGGUAUACAUGGCCAUGCGGGGCAACUUCUCCAGCCCACAGUACCCCAGCUCCUACCCCAACAACAUCCGCUGCCACUGGACCAUCCGCCUGCCCCCGGGCUACCGGGUCAAGGUGUUCUUCCUGGAUCUGGACCUGGAGAAGCCCAACAGCCUGACCAAGACCUGUGACUUUGACCAUCUGGCGGCCUUCGAUGGGGCCAGUGAGGAGGCACCCCUGCUGGGGAAUUGGUGUGGACACCACCUGCCACCACCCGUCACCUCAAGCCACAACCAGCUUCUACUUCUGCUGCACACGGACCGCAGCACCACCCACAGGGGCUUCUCCGUGGCCUACAUCGGAGUGGUGCCCAUGAACGUGAGCUGCUCCCGCACGGACUUCCAGAUCCUGAUCUCCACGCAGGCGCUGUCCCCGCUGGAGCGGACCAAGGUCUACCUGGGCAGCCGGAGCUGUGCCGCCCAGGAGGUCGGCGGCAACUUCAGGAUCCAGGCCCGCUUUGAUACCUGCGGCACUGAGUCUCAGAGAAGAAACAACACUUCAGUGAUUGUCAGCGUGCUGUACAUCGACUUCUCGGCCGCGGGGCGGGAGGACAUCCAUGAGUACGAGGUCCGCUGUGAGCCGCGGCGCAAGGAGGCUUCUGUCUACCUGUUGUCUGGUUCUCACUGGCUGGGGCCCUAUGCUGCCACUGCAGAGCACCUUCAGGAAGCACCACCCAGGGAUGAGGCAGAGGCACUGGAGGGCCCAGUGACUAUGGUGGCCCAGGAUACCAGUGACAUCGUCUUCCUGGGCCUUUGCAUCCUGGCUGGAAUCCUCAUGGUUAUUGCCAUCGUGGUCUUGAUGCUGCUUUGAAUAGACAGCAUAGGGACCUGGCAUCUGACACGCCUGGGAGGCAGCUUAGGGACCCAUAACAGGGGUGGGAUGGGCACUUGCUGACUUGGUGACCAUGGGCAGGUCAUGUCCCUCUCUGAGCCUCCAUUUCCUAGGGACAAUCAUUCUGCCCUGCUAUCUCACAGGGCUGGCAUGAGGCUCAGAGGCGGGCAGAGAUGGAUAAGAGCUUUGUAAUCUGUAGCAUGCUGUGUAUGUAUAUGCAAUUGCUGUUAUUAAUUUUAAAGAUAUUCUGCUGUAGAAAA